GUCUAGUAGACGACAAUCAGUUCACACUGACUAUCGCCAAUGAGAGUGGCCCUUUGUCUUUCAUACACAAUGACUGUGAUAACAUUGUCCAAGCCAUCAUACAUAUCAGGACUCGCUGGGAACUCUCACAGCCGGACACUGUGGCAGUUCAUACAAAGAUCCGCCCUAAGGAUGUGCCCGGAACGCUACUGAACGUGGCUCUCCUGAAUCUGGGCAGCUCGGACCCCAGUCUCCGGUCAGCUGCCUACAACCUGCUGUGUGCUCUCACCCAGACCUUCGACCUGAAGAUAGAAGGUCAACUACUAGAGACCAAUGGUCUGUGUAUUCCUGCCAACAACACCAUCUUCAUCAAGUCCAUCAGUGAGAAGCUGGCUGAGAAGGAGCCGCACCUGACGCUGGAGUUCUUGGAAGAGUGUAUCCAGGGCUUUGGGAACUCCAACAUUGAGAUGAAGCACUUGUGUCUGGAGUACAUCACACCCUGGCUGCCCAACUUGACCAGGUUCUGUAAGCAGUGUGAUGAAAACAAGAGGCAGAAGGUGGCGCUCAUACUUGACAAACUCAUCACCAUGACGAUAGAGGAAGAAGAGAUGUACCCAUCCAUCCAGGCCAAGAUCUGGGGCAACAUCGGUCAGAUCGGGGACCUCCUCGACAUGGUGCUAGACAGCUUCAUCAAGAGAAGUGUCACGGGUGGUUUGGGGUCCAUACAGGCGGAGAUAAUGGCGGACACAGCAGUGGCACUCACCUCUGCCAAUGUCCAGCUGGUGUCUCGGAAGGUCAUCGGUCGCCUCUGCAGGCUGAUAGACAAGACAUGCACGUCACCCACACCUACACUGGAGCAGCAUCUGAUGUGGGACGACAUCGCCAUCCUGGCUCGCUACCUCCUCAUGUUGUCUUUCAAUAACUCACUUGAUGUUGCUAGUCACCUCCCAUUCCUCUUCCACAUCGUUACUCUGCUAGUCUCCACGGGACCGCUGUCGUUGCGGGCGUCCACGCACGGCCUCGUCAUCAACAUCAUCCACUCACUCUGCACAUGUUCACAACUACACUUUGGGGAGAGCCCAAAUUCAGACAAUCGAUCUCUCUCCCCAGAGAGCACCCUCCAGGUACUCAAGCUGAGUCUGGCGGAGUUUUCACUCCCUAAGUUUUACCAGCUGUUUGGGAUCAGCAAAGUUAAGUCAGCGGCCGUCAGUGCCUUCAGGACCAGUUACCGCCCGGGGGAUAGAUCAUUCACCAUGUCGCCGCCCGAGAAUGAGAAGAUGCCUCUAAGUUCUCUCGAGGCCAUCGCCGACGCCUUGCUGGAGAUCAUGGAGGCCUGUAUGAAGGAUAUCCCCAGCUGUGAGUGGUUACAGCAGUGGACAGACCUAGCCAAGAGAUUUGCAUUCCAGUAUAACCCAGCCUUGCAGCCAAGGGCCAUCAUUGUGUUCGGGUGCAUCAGUAAGUCUGUGACUGACUCUGAGGUGAAGCAGCUCCUUAAGAUCAUGAUGAAGGGCCGUCCUCCCUAUUCCUUGACCUUCACCCACACCUGUACUCUGCAAAGUUUCGGCGAGAAGUCGGACUCCCUACAGGACCAAAUGGGCCCCCGACGAACCCAGCCAUCUUGCAUUGAGGCCCUGGAGUCCUACACCGACCUGACGUUGAUCGAGGCUGUCGUCAUGUGUCUCACCAGGCUACAACCCAUGCUGAAGGCGGAGUCUCCAAUCCACAAGUUCCUGUUCUGGGUGGCAAUCUCAGUACUGCAGCUGGAUGAAGUGUCAUUGUACGCGGCGGGACUUGCCCUGCUGGAGCAGAACCUACACACGCUGGACAACAUGGGGCUGUUCGAGAAGAAGUCCCUGGAGAAGAUCAUGAUGGAGACGCGGGAGCCCCUGGAGUGGCACUUCAAGCAGCUGGACCACUACAUGGGCCUCAGCUUCCAGUUCAACUUCAACUUUGCUCUGGUUGGACAUUUACUCAAAGGAUUCCGACAUCCAUCCCCCACGACUGUGUCCCGGACAAUCCGCGUCUUGCAUCAGCUUCUCAGUAUUACAGUGAAACCAAGUGUCAGGGACAAGUUUGAGGUGACCACACAGACUGUGGCAUACCUUGCAGCCUUAGUGUCGGUGUCAGAAGAGGUCCGCAGUCGGUGUCAUCUGAAACAUCGGACAGCCAACUAUAUGAUAUCGGAGUCCCCAUCAACAGAGAGUCUGAAUACUGAGCUGUCCUCUUCCCAGGGGGUGUCCCCCUCUGCUCCCCCUCCCACCACCACUGUAGUCACACCCCCUCAGAAUGCCCCGCCCACGACUGCCUCCACCCCUCUCCCACGGAGACAAAAGAGCUGUGACCUUCUGGACCAGAAUGCAAUGACGGCAGCGCGUAUGGGGAAGAAUGUGCAGCUCACGCAGAGUCAGUUCAAACACCUGUUGCAGGGCAAGAGCGUCAGCCUUGACCUUGAUCAAAAUUCACGGCCGCCGCUGACGAAGUUCCGCAGCAGUUCCAUGCCAACGCCAGGCAGCAACAAGCUGGAGUCCUCCAAAUCAGCAAUCCAGCAGCCGCGCAGUGGGCGGAGCUCCGUGUCCAAUGAGAACAACGUCCUCCUGGAUCCGGACAUCCUCAUGGACUACCCCACACAGGCUCUUGUCCUCACGGUCCUGGCAACACUUGUUCGGAACACAACAGAUGAGAACGAGACUAGAAUAUUGUACGAGUAUCUAGCUGAAGCCUCAGUCGUAUUCCCUAAAGUCUUUCCUGUAAUUCACAGUCUCCUUGACGCAAAGAUAAACAAUGUUCUGUCACUGUGCCACGACCAGGCCAUCCUCAAUGCAGUCCAGAGCAUCAUCCAGAACAUGAUCGCCUGUGAGGAUGCCUCCCAACAGCAGCUGUCCUACCUCCAGAGUAUUGGUUUUGGAGGUUUAUGGAGGUUCGCUGGUACAUUCACAAAGUCCUCGGGCAGCAGUGACACAGCGGAACUAUUUGUGAAUUGUUUAGAAAAGGCAAUGAUGGUUGAAUCGUGUCUCCCUGGUGAUGACCUUGACAUUCUCAAUCCUUACCCAAGCUCUCUGGGAAUAUCCUCCAAUCUGAAUCUGUCUAGUUCCAUGUCAAGUCUCAGUGUGGGGAGCAUGCACUCCCCGACGGACAAGGACAUUGUAGACAAAAACGGCACCAACGGCGGAAGGAUACGCCAUGCCUCUGCAAACAAUCUGCCAACCAAAAAUAGAGCAGGGAGUUUUAAACAGAAAGAAAAGAAAAAAUUAAUGGAACCAAUUGAAUGAGAUGUUGAUAAACACUGAGGUUGACUGUGAUUGGCUGAUGGCCACUGAUGUAUAUGAAGUGUAGUUGUAGACAGGAUAUGUGAGUUGUUCAUUGGUUGAUGGAAGUCAUGUGA